AUCUCUCCUUCGUUCCUCCCUGGCAACGAAAAUGCGUCGACUCAGGCCCAAAGGAGCUCGUGUCGAGGCAAGCCGUGGACGGGUCCCGCUGUGUGUUACCCUUCAAGCACCGAGGUCGGGUCUAUCUCGACUGCGUGCAGCACCUCGACAGCAAAUACGGUCACGAGUCCUGGUGCGCUGUGACGGUGACGAGAGAUCUUGAGGUGCUGCGCUGGAAGCACUGCAAGAGGCACGAGUACUACAACUCGUGCGAAGGACUAAAAAUGCUUUCUAUUACGAACAACAUCAUGACCAAACAACAGCGCCUGUGCGUGUUGCCCUUCACGCACCAAGGCAGAGUCUACUACGGCUGCGCCCCUAAGAACAGCACUGAGAUGCUUGGCGAUAACGGUUGGUGCGCCACUGCAGUGAACGAGAAAGGUGAAGUCAGCGAGACCGGCGACUGCCCCCUCAUGACAGACGCUUCGGAUGAAGACAUAUUGAUAAUGGCGGAAGAAUGUGAAGAAGACACAACAUCAUCGGUCAUGACGUCGGUUGUGCCAGACACGCGGUCUGGUCAGAUGUGGGUGGGUGGCGGGGACAGUUACGGCACGCGCUGCAUUGUUCCCUUCGUGUUCGAGAACUCCACCUACUGGGACUGCACCAGGGCGGGUACCACGGAGGACGAGGACGCCUGGUGCGCCGUGGAGGUUGACGAACUCCGCAACGUCGUCAGGAGGGAGAAGUGCUCGCCGGGCCGUUAUACGAAAGAGAGCUCUGACGUUAAACACGUGGCGUGGGACAAAGACUGGCUGCUGGACAUGCGCGACGCGCUGCUGGGCUUCGGCAACCUGCGCUCCAGCGGCGACGAAGAAGUACAGCGCAUUGACACAGUCUCCGGCAAGGAGUGCGUCUUCCCAUUCAAGCUGCCGUCCACAAAGCAAAGCCACUCAAGCUGCGUGUGUCCAACGGGAAGCUGUGAGGGGACAAACAGGCCUGUGUGUGCCACCGAGGUGGAUGAGCUGGGCUACAUGACUGCAUCCGAGCCUUGCAGGGGCAUCCUAAUCCGCAAGGAGAACUUCUUCGACCAGCUCAUAUCGACGUAAGACAACUUCUGCUCCACCUCUGAACUGCGCGUCUGAGGCUCCAAAAUAAGACUUGAUGCGCUCAGAGAUAGAAACAAGACAUUAUAUAAAUAACGAUGAAAUUAUUGCCCGUGUGCAGGUCAUCCUACCCUAAUUUAGGCCUGCAAAAGGGCAUAUCUGUGCUUUGUACGCUCUUUGCUCUAUUUGGACAACAUUACCCAUUAGUUUUACCCAGUGCCACACAAUAAAAUAAUUGUCUUGUGACAAACUUGGCACAGUUUCUUUAUGUUUCAAUUUCAAAUCUUUCUUCAUAAAUCUUUAUUAACUCAUCUUUCAAUUAUACCUACGGAUACAUUUUCUCGUAUAAUAUUUUGGCGCUUGUGCUGUGGAUGUAUACGAAUUUAUUAAACGUUCAGCUAUACGUUUCGUUUUGCCUGUGUGACAUCUU